AUGGGUGCUACUACGCUGUUACUACCGGAGAGUAGUAUUGGUAGUCGGCUUCCCGAUGGCUAUAAUUUAAAUAGUGCCACCCCCCCUUCGCCACAAUCAUCGCAACUACACGAUGGACCCGCAGAAGACGACUUUGAAGAUAUUCCUGAGGCUCAGUUUAUUAAGCGAUCUGCCUUCACUCCGAGUUCAUCUUUCCGGAAUGUAUCAGCCUGUCAUCGAUGUCGAAUGCGAAAGCAUAGGUGUGAUCAACAAUUACCAAAAUGUCGAUCCUGCGAAAAAGCCCAGGUUCGAUGUGUCGGAUAUGAUCCGAUCACCAAACAAGAGAUACCUCGCAGCUAUGUGUAUUUCUUAGAAAACAGGGUGGAAUAUCUGAAUGAAAUCUUGUUAAAGCACAAGAUAAACUUUCAUUCUGCAGUUUCUUUUAACGACGAUGGAGCAAACUACAACACUGCCUCAAAAUCCAAUCCGACACCAUCCGCAAAGGUUGAAUCAGCGGCUUCAAGUGGAAAGAUAUCAGACGAAGUACCACUUGAUACAGAACUACCUGAAUAUUCCAACUCCCUCGAUUCGGCGAUUCUAGAUCUUCUUUCAGGAAGAGAUACGAAACUAGAAAUCACAAGAGUAAAUGAGCUCAAAGGUCGUCCCAGCAACCUACAAACUUCGGCUCAUCCGUCUUUGUUCCGCUUCGGAUUCGAAAGUACUGCUAAAGGCACGAUGGAGCUUCCAGAUCGGGAAAUGGCAGAUAGGCUUGUGGAUGAGUAUUUCAUUCACACCAAUCUCCAUGUACCUGUAUUGAAUCGACCAGACUUCGAAAAGAUCCUGGAUCGGAUAUACGAUAGCGAAGGCUCCGACUAUCCCAAAGAUCAACUCUACUUUGCCUUCAUUGUGUUUGCAAUUGGCGCUGCCUCUGUCACAAGGUCUCAUGAAGUUAACCCGGGCCCUGAGCUGCACUUUGGCGUCGGAUCAAGAAAGCGGAAAAGAUCAUCAAUUGAAUUCCGAGCUGCAGAGGAAUACCACGCUUCCGCAAUAACCUGCCUAGAACACUGUCUUGACUCAUGCGGAAAUUUUAAUCUAUUCGGUGAUUUUGAGGGGCUUCAAGCCCUUAUCCUCCUCUGCAGUUUCGCUCUUUUCAAAUCGACCUCCCCCGGGCUUGGAAAUCUUCUCGAUAUUGCCAUACGCUCAGCAAUAGAUCUUCGACUAUACAGUGAGCAGGAAAGCCCUGUUAACAUGACAAAUCUCAGUUCAAAUUGCUCAUUUGAUGAAGCACAUCGGGAUUGGAUCAAAGAUCUACGACGAAGACUCUGGUGGUGUGUUUACAGCCUGGAUCGAUUGGUCGCACCUUAUCUUGAAAGGCCGUUUUUUAUUCCAGACGAUGUUAUUACCACUCAAUUUCCGUCCAUACUAGAUGAUCGAUUCAUCACACGACGUGGGAUAUUAACCUCGGUCGAUGACAAAGGCGGGUAUAAGUAUGCCGUUCGGCAUCGCUUUCGGUUCAGAAUUCUUCAAUCUGAAAUGCACACUGUUCUCCAAUACCAUCACGCACGUUUGAAAAGGGGAGAGCCAUCUUCAAAUCUCAAUCGGAGAAAAUCCUUGUCUCGCUCUGAUUUCUCUUCUUUCAGCUCCUGGAGGCAAGACAUCCAUUCCAGAUUGGAAAGAUGGAGAGACUGUAUACCCACCCUGGGAUCUCCCUCAGACAGGUUUCUAAUGGAACUUGACUUUUGGCAAUCGAUAAUCGCUCUCUAUCGUUGGAGUGUAAAAAUACCGCCCAAUUUAGUUCACGCCCCAGUGACAAACACUUCCACCAUUCAGCCUCCCUCCAAUGAAUCGCCAGAGGAGGUAGACUGGAUUUGUUUCAAAGUCGCUGAGGCAACUUCAAACGCGCUUCAUAUACAUCACAUGAUGCAAAAUAUCGGUUGUAGCACUACGCCUUACAUUAUUACCCACGAAGUUUUCCUUGCAGGUGAGAAUUUCAAAUAUUAA